UCGCUCUGGUUAUUCGUGUUGUUAGGAGAGUCGAGCGGUAGUUCGUCCGAAGUUACACCGAGACUUAUAAUGUCACAAUAAUGCUGCGCUAAAGAUGAGUCGACAGCAGGACGAGCAGGGCGUCGUGUUAACCGCGUACACCAGCAACAGCGAAGCCUUAUCGACUGUCAGCUGCAGAGAGCCGACGGAGUUCCCCGGAGCGAGCCGCAGGACCGGUCAGCACAAUGUCCAGCGGGGGAGAGCGGCCGCUGCGGCUCUGGGAUGGGGCUCAGGGAAGGCACCGUACCAGCGCUGCAGCUCCCAGGACUCUCUGGACGAGCAGGCCAUGGUGGACUACUUCACAGAGGUGGAGAUCAUCCAGCGCAGCGGAGACACAGAGACACAGGAGGACCUGCAGCUGAAGGUGGCUGAUGAGGGCGAGCAGGAGGAGGCGUGGCUGAUGGAGGCGGGGCUUGCGACACUGUUCGACCAAUCAGCUUCAGACGGCGAGGACAGCAUCGUUCUGCUGUCGACUCUGACACGAACACAAGCAGCCGCUGUGGAGAGACGCGUGGAGACGCUCAAACAGACGCUACGCAAACGCAACAAACCGUACAGUGUCCCGGAUGUUCGGGAGAUCUUUAAACCAUCACCUGCUUCACAGAGUAAAGAUGAGGCUGGAUCCACAGAAAGAAGUGGCAGCAUUAAACAGGAAGUGGAAGGACUGGUAGGUAAUGGGGCGGGGCCAGACGCUCCAGGGGGCGGAGCUGACGCAGAGACGGACAUUAACCUGGAGGUGUCGUUCUCCGAGCAAGCACUUCUCUACAGAGAAGGGUUAAAGGUUACCCAGCCCCAGAGUGAAGCUGACGACAGGUUACCCGAUUUCAGAGUGUCUCAGGAUAAGACGGGACAGACAAGAGUAGGCGAUCUGUCCUCUGAGGACAUGAAGAAGGUUCGCAGGCUUGUUCUGAUCGAGAUGAGUGCUCUGUUCGACACGUGUGGCAUCGAGGUGAAGGCUCAUAAAGCUCUCAAGGUCAAAGUGAGAGAGUCGGGUUUGUUUGGUGUUUCUCUCUCUACGCUGCUGGAACAAGACCAGCGAAGGGUCCCGGGAACCAGAGUGCCCCUCAUCCUGCAGCACCUGAUGUCUCAUAUCGAGGAGCAGGGUUUAGACACGGAGGGUGUGCUGCGGAUCCCUGGAGCUGCUACCAGAGUGAAGGCUGUGUGUCAUGAGCUGGAGCACAAGUUUUACGAGGGUACGUUCCUGUGGGAGAGUCUGAAACAGCACGACGCGGCCAGCCUCCUGAAGCUGUUCAUCAGAGAGCUGCCCUAUCCUCUGCUGACCGUCGAGUACUUCAGCGCCUUCCUCUCCGUGCUGAAGCUGCCCACUAAGAAACAGCAGCUGCAGGCUCUCAAUCUGCUGCUGCUCCUGCUGCCCGAACCCAACCGAGACACGCUCAAGGCUCUGAUGGAGUUCUUCCAGAGAGUGAUCGACCAUAAGGACAGGAAUAAGAUGACACUGAACAAUGUUGCAGUGGUGAUGGCGCCCAACAUCUUCAUGUGUAAGGGCUUCCGCAGUAAGAUCAGUGAACAGCAGGAGUUUGCUAUGGCCACGGGCACGGCUAACAUCGUCAGACUGCUCAUCCGCUACCAGAAGCUCCUCUGGACGAUUCCCAAGUUCAUCCUGAAUCAGGUGCGGAAGCACAACAUGGAGAACCAGCGGAAGAUGAACCGAGACAGAGCGGUUAAAAAACUACUGAAGAAGAUGGCAUACGACCGCGAGAGAGCCUCUCACAAACAGGAGAGCACCGCUGAGGCUGAAGGAGGCUUCAUAAGGGUCCAGGCUCCUCAGUUCUCGAUGGUGUCCAUGGCUGUACAGCUGACGGAGGAUUUAAAGGCCUCAGAUGUUCUGACACGUUUCCUCAGUCAGGAGAGGACUCUGUCUGUGAAGCGAGAGGAUCUGUGUCUCUAUGAGAUGGGAGGAAACAUCAAGGAGAGAUGUCUGGAUGAAGAGACGUACAUCACUGCUCUCCUGGAGCUCAACCCCAGUGCAGAGUGGGUCAUAAAGUCCGUCCAGCACUGACCGAGCCAUGCCAAUCACCCUUCCCACCACACGUCCACCACAACCAGACCAGUGAAGGAAAGCUAGCAGUGUUCAGAGCCUAACACGAGCGCUCUGAGCGUAUUACACAGUCAGCCCGUCCUCUAACACUGCUCAAACCAAACCAAACCAACCGCACACCUCCAACACUACACAGAUCUGGUUUCAGAAGAUGCUUGGGUAGCAGUCGUAUGAACUUCCUUUAUAGUAGAAGCCAAAGCACUUCGACUCAUUUUAAUCGCUUGUGAGGAAUAGGUUGUUUGUUCAGAGACUAAUUUACCAGCUUUUCCUGAAAAUCUCCAGGUCAUGUUUCAUCCUAGAAGAAAUAAAGAAUAAACUGUAUUUUGUAGCUUUUGCACUGUAACAUUUUGAUUCAUAAUCCAACAUUUCCACUCUUCCUACUGUGACACAAAAAUUGACUAAUCUGGAAUUUUCUUUUCUUUUUCUUUUGUAAAUCAUUCUCAUCACAUCCUCAAUAAUGUUGAAGGAGUGAAUAUAUAUUCAGUAUAUUGUGCUCUUAUCAUUGCAGUCUUUUUAUUAAGGUAAUGAGGACCUGGGGAUAUGCUCAAUUAUCAUGAAAAUAUAUAUUUUUUAAUAUGUUGUGUUUGUGUGUAUAUAUAUAUAUAUAUAUAUAUAUAUAUAAAUAUAUAUAUAUAUAUAUAUAUAUAUAUAUAUAUAUAUAUAUAUAUAUAUAUAUAUAUAUAUAUAUAUAUAUAUAUAUAUAAACACUUAAUUAACAUAAUAUUUUUUUUUUUCCUUUGGCGGUAAAAUAUGACCCAGACAUGUUCUUUAUAGGUUUGAUGAUAUGCACCCAGCCACAAAUCUCAUUCAAAUAUAGAUUAUUAUGUAUAUUGCAUGAAAAUAUUGUCUCAAACAAGCGAAGUACUGAGGUACACCUUAAUUUCACACGUUUCCUCCUUAAACAUUUGAUUACAUGUGAGUGAUUUCUUAGUAUUUUUGCAAUUUCUGCUUUGUCAGUCACAUGACUUCAGUCUUACAGUAGCUCACAGUGCCAAUAAAUUUCACUGCACUCUAUUACUUGUUUAGUCACUCCCAGGGAUCUUGGAUGUACUUUUUUAUGUUGGAGAAUAUAAUGUAAGUCAGAUGAUUUAGUAUAUCUGGGUUUCAUGGCUGAAAACAACAGGAAUCAAGUUUCUAAGCUCCUAAACACAGACCUCAUAAAGUACUUCAAUGGAGGGAAACACUUGGCACUUAAACUGACCUUGUCUGUUAUUUACAAUGAUGCAGAUGUCAUUUCAAUGAGUAGUUUUGAGCUGUGAUUUUUAUUUUUUACUGCUACGUCUUUUGCUGAUGUCAUGCUCUUAUUGUGCUGGAAACUGUGAAUAUGGCAAAAAUGACUGUUCCUGUAAGUUUUAAUGCUUCUAAAAAUAACCACUAAAUGUUUUUGUAAAUACAUUUUUAAUUCCUCA